AGGUCAGAGCAGUGUCCUUUCAACCACCACCACCAGUAAAAAUGUCCAAACCUUUCGAUGUAGUGGGAUUUGCCAAGGAUCUUUUGGCCGGUGGCGUUGCCGCUGGUAUUUCAAAGACCUGCGUAGCUCCAAUUGAGCGUGUUAAGCUCCUUUUACAGGUGCAACAUGCCUCAAAGCAGAUCUCCCCUGACAAGCACUACAAGGGCAUCGUCGAUUGCUUUGUGCGUGUACCCAAGGAACAAGGCUUCUUUUCCUUGUGGCGUGGUAACUUGGCCAAUGUAAUUAGGUAUUUCCCAACACAGGCCUUGAAUUUUGCUUUCAAAGACACCUACAAACGUCUUUUCAUUGAAGGAGUAGAUAAGAAAACACAAUUCUGGAGGUAUUUUGCUGGCAACUUGGCAUCUGGUGGUGCAGCUGGUGCAACCUCCCUGUGCUUUGUAUACCCUCUGGACUUUGCCCGUACACGGUUAGCCGCUGAUAUCGGUAAAGGAGAGGGAGACCGUGAAUUCAAAGGCUUGGGAAACUGCCUUGCUAAGAUCUACAAAAGUGAUGGUCUCCGUGGUCUUUAUCGUGGAUUUGCUGUAUCUGUGCAGGGUAUCAUCAUCUACAGGGCUGCCUACUUCGGUUGCUUCGAUACCGCCAAAGCUAUGCUGACGUCGGAUCCAAAGAAGACAAACUUCUUCGUUGCAUGGAUGAUUGCUCAGGUUGUGACAACUGGAGCAGGUAUUCUGUCAUAUCCUUUCGAUACUGUCCGAAGGCGCUUGAUGAUGCAGAGUGGUCGUAGUGACGUUCUUUACAAGAACACCUUGGACUGUUGGGCUAAAAUUGCCAAGCAGGAGGGAGGGUCUGCUUUCUUCAAGGGAGCCUUUUCCAACAUUCUCCGUGGUACCGGUGGUGCCCUUGUGUUAGCAAUGUACGAUGAGAUACAGAAAUACAUUAAAUAAUUUAGGAACUAUGUAAUUUAGGGAAUUAUCAUGUCAACUUAUCCAAAUUUACACGAAGCCUCCUGGAAUGUCUGAACCACGCUUGAAUGCCAUCUUGGACAGACUGCUAUUUAUUGGAAAUUCUCUAGAACAGUGAAUGUGAUCACGAAUGCAAAUUAGACCUUUUAAAAUGCUGUACAUUCUUGUAAAUUAACUGAGUGUCCCCAGUCAUACAAUAUUUAUCUUUCAUUUCAUCUUUGAUUUCACACUUCCAAUUAUUUUUUUCUUUGUUGACUACUCCCUAUUUCACAUGUGAUUGCAGAGGCCAAAAUAAUCUGUUUUACAUUAUUUUGGCCACGACAAUCAUCUGUAAAACGAGUAAAAAAACAAGGGAACGAGUUUACAAUCCCCGAUCACACCCCAAAAAAAGGUCAUCGGUUGACUAACGAAGCACCACUGUUCAAUGGAUUUAUAGUUGAAUGCGAUCAAACUACGUCAUUUCCGAUCGGGGAUUGUAAAUUUUAACCAAAACAAGGAAUUCGUAGCUUCCACUGGCAUUGCCAAGGAUGAAGUUGGAGAUCUUGUUCUUAACAGAACUCUCCCAAUGGCAUGAUACUGAUAGCCUUCAUAAGGGAUGGCUUCACCUGACUACUGUUUCGGGUUUGUCGUUUGCAUUGCUGUGGAUACUUCUUAGUGUGUCUAGACAUGAGAACUGUUUACUGUAGAAUGAUUUUCUGAUGUACACCGUGUGUUACAAGAAGGGUGUCCAGUGUGUGAAGAAAUGUAACAUCUAGGGUAUUGUUAUAAUAAAAGAUUGAAUACUGCAAA